AUGGACCCUCUCAGCAUCGCCAGCGGCGUAGCAGGCCUUCUCACAGUCUCAGCCGCCGUGAUCAAAACCUUCGACACCGUCAAGAACAGCAUAGAGAACUGUCCUCGAACAGUGUUCUGGGCACACGCUGAAACAAAGGAGAUAAACUGGGCGAUUAAACGUCUCAAGAGUUUGAUCGAUGAUCCGGAUUCGGUGCCGAAAGCGGCGAGGAUGUCGGUUGGCAUUCAUGAUGCGACUGUCACGAUAAGCGAGUUGAUCAAGACGUGUGAUAAUCUAAUCACUACGCUGAAGCCGUUGAAUGAGGACGGGAAAGUUGUUUUGACGAGAUGGGAUCGGGUCAAGUGGUUGAGGGUGCAGGAUGACGUUGUUAGGUAUAUUCGGCAGCUUCAAGCGCAUAAGGGAUCUGCGCUAACAAGAAGAAGCGAGUCAGACGUGGUUAUCGUGGAAUCACAGCGUGCGCUGGAACUCAAGAUUGAUGCGGUCCUCAAUAGCAGCGAAGCAACCCAGAGACGAAUCGAAGGCUUGGAAGCGCUUUUCAACAAAUUCAUCGCCGAAAACUCCACCCUUAUUCCCUCGAAUAGGUCUUCCAUGGCCCCGACAUUGCAUCGCUGGAGAGAAGAUGACGCGACAGAAACUGAUUCAGUAGCGACAUCGCGGAAGUACGACCCAGAUGAAUGGGACGGCUUUCACGCGAGCGCAGAGCGGUCACUCAGUUUCCCAACUUCGAGUGUACCAAAAUUAGAAAUGCCAAAACUCAAACGCUCAACUUCGGCUGAAACUUCGACGAAGAGUGAGAGUACCGGCACGACUUCUCCACCACUUCGAGAGUUCGAAGCAACGCUUGAGAAAACUAAUGUCUACAAGCGCGUGUACAACUCGACAGAUGCUUUCUCAAUACACUCCACCCACGGUCGCUCCAUGACAGGCUCAGUGAUGACGAGUUUCAGUCUCGCCGACGACUCAUCCAUCUUGUCCGCUUUUCCCAUCAUGAGCAGAACUGAACUCCAGCACCCUGAGUUUUAUACACAGAUGAGUGGCAAUCAACGCAUAUCCCGAGAUCUCAUGAGAGCCAUUACAACAAGAAGUGUUGUCAAGUCCCCCGUGGAACCACCACCAGGAGCGCCAUUCUCACUGAAGCAGUUCAGAUCGCCUCCAAAUUGUGGUGAGAACGUCAUGGGUCGAUGGCAUCAAUCCCGAACUAAAGUUUGGCGACCCAAAGAGUUUCGAACCGAGAUCCUAUUUGAAGUUCCUGUUAUCUUUGUCUCGACAUCGAAGACUGCGAAGGGACCUAUCGACGGCGCGGAUGUGUUUCUCAUCGAUGGAACAAGAAAGAGUCUUGAUGAUACGUGGACUGACCUUGAGCCACCAACUACUGGUACAUUCACCAAGACGGGGCGCUUCAUUAAGAAUGAGCGCGCAACUUGGCUUUCGCUGCUUUCAAGCUUGCAAAAGAUGGAAAACGAGUCGCAGAAUUGGACGAGACAGCAGAUCAUGGGCUUGAGGCCUCGACCAGCAAGUGCGACAGCAAUACUCACAUCCAUCGCUGGCAAACACACGCUCAACGUCGCUCUUCAGCGUGAGAAGAAAAGCUGGGAUGACAUGCCCCCAUCAGUCAAUCGCCCCUACGCAACUACAUCGAUGAGCAGCUUGAUAGAAAUGCUCGCUAUGCUGGGUAUAUACUGGAAAGACUUCAACACUUUCCAUCACGUGUAUCAAGCUGAAGGCAAUGGAUUUCUCGUCAAAGGUCACAAGAUCAGUGGGCUUGGAAUCAUGUUCCACUUUCAAGCGUUGGAGAAGGCUGUGUUCGAAGGGAAUAGGACGAUUCCCACGAAAGCGGUGACAAGACUUGCUUUUGGACAACUCCCUACGAUAUUUACUGAGGGAUAUCCUGAGAACAAGAGUAGUAACAAGCUGUAUGAGUGGCCGAAUGUUGGGCUUGGAAGUAGGACAGAGAUCGCGGAAACGUUGUCUUCGUUUGGAUGUGGACGGAAGGCGGUUAAUUACUUUUUAAGAGAUGGAGCUGUGACAUCUCACGUAUUCCCAGUCACUUUUGAGCUCAUAGGCAUGAUCGGCCAAGUCUUUCACAUCAAGGAUCUCUGCUUCAGAUAUAUCCCCAACCCAUGCUACUGCGUCUGGAGCACGAGAGGCUUCUCACUACCAAAGUUACUGGCUGCGUAUCAGCGACAUAUCCAAGAAGAUUCCGACAUGGCAAACGGACAGCUAUCCCUUCAUGUGAACACCAUAUUUGCUCCGAAGGCUGGCAUUCGACCUGGAGAUGGCACUCCGCAAAACUAUACUUGGCAAGCACAGGAUGCACUGCACUCUGUGCUCGACGAGCUCGACGAAUCACUCAAAGAUUAUACCGCACCAAAAAAUGGAAAUCCACGAGGAUCUCUUGGACAAGAAAUUCUUGGCGCACAUUUUGAAGAACUUCUCUCCCAGAUGAACAGCGCCUCUUCAACAUCAGCAUUCGUACCUGCCAACGCGAGCAACAAAGAAGACAGCCUGAUGAAAGAAUACUUCCAACAAAUUCUCCCCGCCGUGUUGAGGUCAGCAUCAAUGGCAUUCUUCAAUCUCAAGAACGCAGAUUCCGAGUUCCAAGUCGUCAAGGGGGAAGCGGCCCAGACAGCUGAGUAUGCAGGGUAUCUUCGUGCUGCCAAGGAAGUUUGGUGUACUUUUGUUUUGAGGAUGAUUUGUUGGCUCAUGCUGCAUGAGUUUCAUCGUGAUGAUGUUCAGAUUCAGAAGGGGAAUUUGUUUGGGAGUGACAUGCCUGUUUACAUCUCUUAGGGAUGAGAGGUUCGAUAGGUUCUUCAUAGAGUGAUUGCAGGUAGAAUACGUAAAGAGAGAGGAGCUC